GUUCAUUUGAAACACUAGAGUCGAUGGGAGACAGCACUUCGACGGAAUAGCUAAUGUGCUGCGUUUGCGUGUAAGGGCAAGGCAACGGGGACGUCUUUUGCUCCAUCCUCGUGAAGCUAACCUGUAAGCUUUAGCUUUUUAGAACGAAUAUCACCUGCCAAUCAUUCCACUAACAUGGACAAGUAUGUCAAAGUGAAGAAAAUUGGGGAAGGUUCGUUUGGAAAGGCUGCCCUGGUCAAAUCCAAGGAGGAUGGCCACCAAUAUGUCAUUAAGGAGAUCAGCAUAUCUGGGAUGUCAGCGAAGGAGAGGCAAGAAUCUCGAAAAGAAGUUGCAGUUCUUGCAAACAUGAGCCACCCUAACAUUGUCCAGUAUAAGGAGUCUUUUGAAGAGGGGGGCUGCCUGUAUAUUGUGAUGGACUACUGUGAGGGUGGAGACCUCUUCAAGAAGAUCAACUCUCAGAGAGGAAUUCUUUUCCCAGAAGAGCAAAUCCUGGAUUGGUUUGUGCAGAUCUGCUUGGCAAUAAAGCACAUCCACGACAGAAAAAUCCUGCACAGGGACAUCAAAUCACAGAACAUAUUUUUGACAAAAGAUGGGACUGUGCAACUAGGGGACUUUGGGAUUGCAAGGGUUCUUAACAGCACCGUAGAACUUGCGAGAACCUGCAUUGGGACCCCUUACUACCUUUCGCCGGAGAUCUGUGAAAAUAAACCUUACAACAACAAAAGCGAUAUUUGGGCUCUCGGCUGUGUCCUGUAUGAAAUGUGCACCCUUAAACACGCAUUUGAGGCUGGAAAUAUGAAGAACCUGGUUCUGAAGAUCAUCCGCGGCUCGUAUCCUCCUGUGUCUGUUCACUACUCCCAAGAACUGCGCUCCCUUUUGGCACAACUUUUUAAACACAACCCCAGAGAAAGGCCUUCAGUCAGCAGCAUACUGGGCAAACCUUUCCUUUCUUGCAGGAUCCAAAGGUUCCUCACACCACAGGUCAUUGCUCAGGAAUUUCACCAUACUUUUAUUCACAAGCACCACAACGUUGGUGCACAUCAGGGGUCAUCAGCUAAGCGUCCUGCCCAUGGUUCCAUACCAUCUUCCGCAGCCAAGAUCACCAAACCAGCAUGCAAAUACGGAGUGCCUUUAACUGCAAGAAAGGGGUCCGAUGUAACCAAAAAACCCGCAGACAGGAAACCGUCCGUUAAACAUAAACCGGCCCCCCACAGAAGAGUCAGUCAAGGGGAAGAAGAGAGGAGAAAACAGCAAGAGACUAUCAAAAAAGGAAAGAUGGAGCUGACCGAGAAUGAAAAGAAGCAGAAAGAACCGAUGUUGCUGUUGAAAGCAGAACAAAUGAAGCGGUAUGAAAAGGAAAAGAUUAGUCGCAUAAACCAUGCCAGAGAGCAAGGAUGGAAAAAUGUCUUGAUCUCAAGUGUUGGCAGCCCAGAGAGGAAGUGUUAUUUUGGUGGUGGAAAAAGAGCUGCGGGUGAUCCCGAGGCAGAAACCUACUACACCGCUCUCGAGCAAAUGGCCAAACCACAAUCAGUCGACAGAGGGAUCAACAGGGAGGGACCGGCCACGCCCACACGCAAUGUGCCAGCCGCUGCUGGCCCAGUGCUCCCCAAUGGUCGUGCCCAAGCCGUAAACCCCGAAGCGGUCAAGAGACGACUGGAGAGGCUGCAGCACACUUCUAAACAAAGCCAUAUCAGCAGGCAGCGUCACUUUGCGUUCGAACGAGCCUAUCAAGUUGAGGAGUUUCUACAACGUAAAAAAGAAGCCAUGCUUUACAAAGUCCGGGCUGAAGGACAGCUGGGGACUCGCCAAAACCUGGCUGCAAUCUAUGGAGGCCAUGUUGCUUCGGCUCGGUUCACAAGACCCAAAGUCAACAAAGAGGAGGAGGAGUAUCUAGCAAGACUCAAACAAAUCCGCUUGCAGAACUUCAACGAGCGACAGCAGAUCAAAGCCCGACUCAGAGGGGAAAAGUAUGACAGUGACGGGUCAGACAGCCAGGAGUCGAGUGACGAGGCUCAGCUGAGGAGGAAGAAGUUAGCGGCUUUGAAAGCUCAAGCAAACGUCCGUGCUGUUGUGCUGAAAGAGCAAUUAGAGAAGAAGCGGAGAGAGGCGCACGAGAGAGAGAAAAAGGCAUGGGAUGACCAUAUCGCAGCUCGGGAAGGGAAAGCGUGCAUGGCUGCAGGAGACAUGGCUUCGGCAGGAGCUUCUGCAAGCUCUCAACCCUCCACGGCUGCCAAAGCUUCAACCCAACCAGAGUCUGAACCCUCUAAUCCGGUUAUAUCCAUGACCGCUGCUCUGAAGAACGUUGGCGCUAUUACUCCGGUGAAAGAGACCCCGCCUGCCACAGAGGCUGUCAUCGUCAUUCAGUGUGAGAAGAAGCAGAUCCUGAACAGGCUUAAUCUGAACCUAAAAGUCCAGAACACCGUGGAUGAAGCGGAGGAGUCGGCAACCAGCCCUAAAGAGCAGCCUGACGCAGAGAACCCGCCUUCCGGCGAAGAUCAGAAGGGGGAUCCAGCAGAACCAUCUGAGAAUGUCUGCGUGAUGACAACCGCAGCUGCCUCAGAGGCUCCAGAAGAUCGUCCACCUUCUGGUGGAGACAGGAAGAAGUGGGAGGCAGUUGCUCCAUUUAUCCUACCGAUAGCCCAACAAACCCUGGAGGAGACAUGCUUACCAACUACAGAACAAACAGUGGGUGAGGUAAUACAGAUGGGCGUGCUACCAGAAGAAGCUCAAAGGAAGGUAUGGGGGCCGAGUCCUGACUCUCAGGUGCUGAAAGUACUUCAGGAGGCCGAAGUUCAGCCACUCACUCAGCUGUUGGAGACGGUCAGCGUGUGCGAAGAGGCCUUCCCUGGAACUGAUAAGUCCAACCAGAUAGUCGCAGUGGAAGCGGCGAGUCCGUCUACAGAGAUGGCGAGCCCAAAGAGCAGGACAGCUACGCUUCUUCAAAGCACCGCGGUGGCACUGGAAAGUGCUGCCCCCACAGAGGCCUCACAUCCGGAAAAUCCAAGUGCAAGUGGGCUGGAAGGACACACUUCGCCACAAAGGCUCGCAGACAUCCAAGAGCCAACUGAUGUGGAAUCCAUGGUUUUGGAAGAUGUCCCUAAAGCCUCACAGCCUACAACGGGACUGCAUCAUGCUUGGGAGAAGGAAGCUCAAGAGCCAAUGCCACCAGAGGGCGAUACAAGCCAAGGAGAAGCAGCAACAGGGAAAGUGGACGGUCCAUCACAGGGCGAAGAACCCUUGUUUACAAAGUUGCGUUCUCCAGCUCACAGACGCACCUCUGCUCUCGCCCUCCUCUCGGCUCAGUCCUCGGUGGAUGACUCCUCCUCCUCUAUAGCGUCUCGCUCACGCUCCGUCUCGCCUCUGCGCUCCAAGCAGCACAACGCUCUCCUCAUUGGCCUCUCUACGGGCAUGUUUGACUCCAACAACCCCAAGAUGCUGCGAACAUGCUCCCUUCCUGACCUCAGCCGAGUCUUCAGCUCUCAGCAGGACUCUGUCAUGACCACUGACGACAACGCUGCUCCAGACAGUGUCCUGGAGAACCAGGACCAGGAUGAAGUCAAAGACGACGACCAGUCUGAGACAGAGGACGUGUAUGAGGAUGAAGACCUCCAGGAGAUUCGAGCAUCCAUGGAACGACUCCUGCACGAGGAGAGCGACCUCAUGAGGAACCCAGCACACGAUGGGAGAGGAGACUUUAAUGGAAACGCUCCCAACGGACAAGAACAAGAACUUUUCAACAGGAUGGCCGUGGAGCUUGAGCAGGACGACAAUCCGAUGGCUGUCGGUGAUGAUGAUGAUGAGGAAGAAGAAGAUGACGAGGAUGAAGAUCGCUCAAAUGGGAGUCCUGGUGAUGAGGAGGCAGGGGAGCUCCUCAGCAACGGUGUGGGGGAAGACAUCAAUAGCCAACUUAAUGAAGAAUGGCAUUCAGACAGCAGCGAAGAGGAGCAGGAGGGAGAAGCUGAACUUUACGACAGUAUCUUCAGUCGCUUGGAAGAGCAUCGCUUUAACUUGGAGCAGCAGAUGGGAUUCGAGAAGUUCAUUGAGGCCUACAAUAAGAUAAAGGCGAUACGGGACGACGAGGACGAUAAUAUCGACCUGGGCUCCGGUUUGGCGUUUAGCAUUUUGGGAACCGAGCACCAGCAUCUGUAUCCCAACAUCCUCCACCUGGUGAUGGCAGAUGGAGCAUACCAAGAAGGCAAUGAUAAGUGUUUAUCGCAGUGGAGCAACUGGCAACAAUGACAAUCUACGUCCUAUCUGAUGUCUUCCUCCAUUAGAAAAUGAAGCUUGCUUUAUAAAUACUGAAACAGCAGCCUUUUUAGCUUUUUGGUCAAUUGGUGUAGAGUUACAUUUGCACUAUUUAUGACAUGUGACAUGUUCUUGUUUACCUAAAUGUUUUGUGUCUUUUUCUAAUGGAAAAACAUGUGAUGUCGACUAUUAUAUCAUGAGUUCUUCUGUGUUCCUCUUCAACCUCUCUGACAUUUCUCUGGGUAAAAGCUCUCGUGCUCUCAGGUGCUCUCUCUCUCCAUUCAACUAUGGAUUUCCGAUGUGAUCCUUGCUCCACACAGCCAAACUCACCUUCAGCUUUAAUGUAGCAAGAAUCCAGUGGAACUCUUUUCUAAGAUCAUUUUUUAAUCACACACACACACACAAAAUAUUGCAGAAUGUUUUUUUUUUAGAACGCAAACAAGGCUGCCUCAUGAUGUUGAGGUACUGUAGCUGUCACGUUGAAGUCAUCUUCGGAUGAUAUAAGCAAUGGUAUGAUUAUGAAUCAUGAAUGUUUCUGUGAAAUAAAGAAUAACUCUUUCAUUUCUGUUUGUUGUUUAGAUUGUCAUGUCCGACUGCGGUCACAUCCCGGGAAAGGCUACAUUUUGUAUUGGAGAGCAAGCUAAUUUUGUAAGUUGACCCUCUUACAAAGACAUGAACAGGUUAUUAUUUAUGAUGCUGCACACUGAAAUCCUGCCAAAACUGGUUUGAAAGUAUAAGAGAAAGUUUGAAUUCCGAUGUGUACUGUAAGUCACGUGUCUGUCAAAGUGGCAUAUUAUGGCGCUCACGAGUCUGUGAGGAAAAAGUCACAUCUUUGACAGGAGCCAAUCAUGAGCUGUGGAAACAUCACAACAGGCCUGUCAACCCAAUGGACAUUGCAGGAUGUCAUUACUCUAUAUAGACAAUAACAGUCUCAGGGUUUCAUCCAACAAACAACAUUAAACACAUCACACAGCAACUUAACACUCACACAUUAUUCCUCGGCAAUACAGAAGCCGGUAUCAAUACGACGGGAGUUUUAUUUAUUUUAAAGUCAUAUUGGGAUGUGUUUGUAUAUUUGCACCUAGGUUGCUGUGUGAUGAAUUAAGUUUGUCAGUAAAGUUUUGUUUGUUUCUUUUGGCUUUUUUCCCCAAGUGUUCUUGAAACAUGACACGGCGAGUCGGACUGUUACGUCGUUAUAACAGUCUCAGGGUUUCAUCCAACAAACAACAUUAAACACAUCACACAGCAACUUAACACUCAGAAAUUAUGCCUCGGCAAUACAGAAAGUAUCAAUACGACUUUAGUAUGAAAAUAACUCGACGUUAAGCAUUCACAUUUUCGUUGAGAACCAUAGAAAAUGGUACUGCAAUGUUGCAUCUGUCCACCAGACGGAGCCAGAGCACCAAAGCCAAAAGGGAACUUUGAAAUGUUGGGAGUUUUAUCACUGAUAAGCUGCCACAAGUCAUUCAUUCAUUCAUUUUCUACCGCUUUUUCCUCACGAGGGUCACGGGGGGUGCUGGAGCCUAUCCCAGCUGUCUUCGGGUGAGAGGCGGGGUCCACCCUGGACUGGUGGCCAGCCAAUCACAGGGUACAUAUACACAAACAACCAUUCACACUCACAUUCAUACCUAUGGCCAAUAUGGAGUCGCUAAUUAACCUAGCAUGUUUUUGGAAUGUGGGAGGAAACCGGAGUACCCGGAGAAAACCCACGCAUGCACGGGGAGAACAUGCAAACUCCACACAGAGAUGGCCGAGGGUGGAAUUGAACCCUCGUCUCCUAGUUGUGAGGUCUGUGCGCUAACCACACGACCGCCGUGCCGCCCCAUUUUAAAGUCAUAUUGGAGAAAAAAAAAGAAGUCAUAUUGGGAUAUGUUUGUAUAUUUGCACUUAGGUUGCUGUG